AUGGGAAACAAUUACGGAAGUAAAAAUCGACGAGAGUACAUGAUGAAUUUUUUAAAUACUGCACCAUUUGGUAUUCAAAUUCCCUCGUCACUUCGAGAUCCAAGAGAUAUUACAUUUUCAAUUCAACAACUUGAACAAAUGAAAACAGUUGAUGACGCACGCGAUAUAGCUCUUGGAUAUUUACAUGAUUUUAAAAAAUUUGCAUCAGUUUGGAAUUCAAAUAAAAUUCAUCCAGAGACAAGACGUUUGUUACGAAAACUUGUACAAAUACAAACAAUCAAUGCUGUAUGCAAUAGUUUCUAUCGACUACCUGAUAAUACUAGAAUAGAAUUAGACAACGAUACAAUGGCACAUGCUGCUCAAAAUACAAAAAUGUAUAGUAAUAACUAUGAGUAUGAUACAAAUCGACAACAACGUUCUUAUGAUCAAAUAGUUAAGAUUUUUGUUGUUAAUGAAGAUUGUCUUGAUACUGUAAUAUAUUUCAAAGAAAAAUAUCCAAAUUGUAAUCCAAUUGUUCUUAAUAUGGCUGCUGCUAAUUGUCCUGGUGGUGGCUGGAGAAAUGGUUGUGGAGCUCAAGAAGAAAAUCUUCAUCGUCGUACAAAUCUUUUUCAAUGUCUCGAAGAUUCUUAUAAUCAAUUAGAAGGAAAACGAAAUUGGCAUUAUCCUAUACCUGAAUUUGGUGGUAUCUAUUCUCCUCAUGUGAGUGUAUUUCGGGGUUCAGAAUCUGAUGGUUAUCCAUUUUUUUCUCAUGGUCCCCAAUACGUAUCAUUUAUUGCUUGUGCUGCCUAUUCUCAUCCAUAUAUAUCGAGAAAUAAAGAUGGACAAAUGGAACUUAAUGAUCGAGAUGUAAUAAAUAAUACAGUGAAAAAAAUGGAAACUAUUUUCAAAAUUGCUCUUGAGAAUGAACAUGAUACUAUCAUCCUAUCGGCAUUCGGAUGCGGUGCUUUUAGAAAUCCUCCACGACAUAUUGCAAAAUUAUUUCAUACAGUAAUUUCUAAAAAAUAUUCUUAUUCGUUUAAAUAUAUUAUUUUUGCUAUUAUGGAUGAUCAUAAUUCUAUGAAAAAUCAUAAUUCUAAUGGUAAUAUUCAACCAUUUGCUGAUAUUUUUAAUGUACCAAUUUUAUCUUUGAAUGAACUUUAA